GCCAUUCGGCCUCACCAAUGCACCCGCUACCUUUUAGAGGGCGAUGAACGACAUCUUCAGGGACAUCCUGGAACAGUACGUUCUCGUCUACCUCGACGAUAUCCUGGUCUACAGUCGUACCCUUGAGGAGCACCUCAGACACCUCCGCGACGUCCUUGACCGCUUGCGCAGACAUGGCUUCUACGCCAAGCUGAGCAAGUGCCGCUUUGCCCAGCACAAGGUGGAUUUCUUAGGACACUACGUGUCUGAUCAGGGUCUCCACAUGGACGACGCGAAGAUCACUGCUAUUGCGGAGUGGCCCGCCCCCACAUCUGCCAAACAGCUUCGCAGCUUCCUAGGCCUGACCAGCUACUAUAUUUAUGCCGCUUGGCAUUGGCGUCACUACCUGCACGGGGCACCAUUCACGGUGCGCACGGACAACUCUGUUGUCCAGGCUUUUCUGACAAAGCCGAAGCUCACUCCUCGACAGGCUCGCUGGUGGCGCGACCUAUCCGAGUUUAGUUUCACCACUGAGCAUAUCAAGGGUGAAACUAAUCGGGUCGCAGAUGCCUUAUCCCGGCGCCCUGACCACGACCAGGAGCACAUCCAGCUCUCUUCCAUCUCGGUCACCACCGUCCACCACUCGGCGAUCGACGAGUUCUGCACUCAGUACCGCCACUGCCCCGACUAUCGCGACAUCCACGCGACCCUUCGGAGUGGCAAGACCGUCCCGAACUACUCUCUCGGGGACAACGGUCUUGUGUACUGGCACGGUUCACAGGGCACCAGAGAGCCCCGUAUUUGCGUUCCCUCCACUGGACAGCUACGUAUCCGMUCAGUAGCAGAGUUCCAUGACCAGGCAGCYGCCGGUCAUAUGGGCUUCCACAAGACGUUGGCUCGUGUGAGCCGCCUGUACGUCUGGCCGAAGCGCAAGGACUUUGUGAAGGACUACGUCGCAGAGUGUCCCACCUGUCAGGAGGUGAACAGUGCGAACCACCUACCUUAYGGUUUGCUCCAGCCUCUUCCUAUCCCGGAGGGUCGUUGGCAGUCCAUCUUGAUGGACUUUAUCGGUCCUCUUCGACCUCCGACCCCCCGCGGUCAUGAUGCUAUCCUGGUCGUCGUCGACCGCUUCACGAAGUGUGCACGCUUUGUUCCAUGCCGCUAUGCCAUCAGUGCACGUGAGGUCGCCGAUAUCGUAUUUGACCGAGUCGUGCGUGACCACGGCUUACCUCUGUGCAUCAUAUCUGACCGUGACCCGCGCUUUACCAGCCGAUUCUGGCGACGGCUCCACGAGGUGUACGACACUCAACUCCACUUCUCCUCGUCUUACCAUCCUCAGACUGAUGGUCAGACCGAGAUCACGAACAUGACUCUCGGGGAUAUUCUCCGAAAGAUUGUUCGUGACGACCAGCAGUGGGAUCUCCAUCUGGCCCACGCGGAGAUAGCCUACAACCACGCCGUCUCGCCAGCCACGGGGAUGUCGCCUUACUAUUGCGACCUCGGCCACCACCCUCGUAUUCCCGCGGACUUCCUCCGACCGUCACAGAUGCACCCAGACACGAGUUAUCCCGCGCUGGAUGAUUGGGUUACACACUUGACGUCGAUCAUGAAGACCGCAUUUGAGCACAUAGCCGCUUCCCAGACUCGCAUGGCAGCACGUGCGAACCGAUCGAGGAUGGAUCAUCCAUUCAAAGUCGGUGAUGACGUGCUUAUCGACGCCCGCCACUUACAGCUCGAAGCGGACACGCUUCGCAAGUUUCGGCGUCGCUUCUUUGGCCCAUGCCGCAUCCUCCAGGCCGUCGGUUCUGAUACGGCUUCUAGCCCGGUCAGCUUCCGUGUGAAGCUGCCCGACUACCUACGCCAGGCUCGUGUGCAYGAUGYCUACCACGUCUCGUUACUGCRUCCUUACCGCAGACCGUCUGAGYGUUUCRCYGGACGACCAUACGAGCGCCCUCCACCCAUCAUGGUGGACRGYCACGAGGAGUUCCUCRUUUCAGACAUCAUUGGUCGCCRAGUCACSGACGACAACCCUCCCCACGUCGAGUAUCUCGUACGUUGGAARGGUUACCCUGAUGAGGAGGCUACCUGGGAGCCCCUCGAGCACUUGCAGCACGCUCGCAUGUUGGUGCGUGCUUAUGACCGUGCUCGUCGUGCUGGGUUCACUGCUCCUCCUCAGCCCACUGACCCUCCUCCUUCUCCUCCGGCUGAGGAGACCGCUGAAGUCGAGCCUGAUCCAUCUGAGGCAGACCUUCAUCAGCAGCCGGAUGCUUCUGAGCGUCCACAGCGCACUCGUCGCCGUCCUGCUCGAUACGACGAUUGACUCUGACUUACCUUCCCACGUCUUUGACUUCUCAGUACUCCAUCCACAUCAGUUUUGCUACUUCAG